AUGGAAGGCCGAGGUUUGACUCUGAGGAGCAAGUCUCGUCGGCAGCGCCCUCAGAUCAGCGCCCCAAAACCCAUCUCCGGUCCUCUACCGCCCAAUACCAGGUCUCCCGAUUCAGGUCCGGCCGCUAUCCCCACCCGUGAGCGGGCGCCCCAGAACGACGCGACCUCGGAUUUGGUGAAACGUCGAUACUCGAGUCGAUUCAAUACUGCACCAGAGUUUGACCUCAAUGCUCCCCCUGUUCCGGCACUUCCCACUCAGCUGCCUGGAGGACUGGGCAGCUUAGCACCAACAGCGGUUCCGAGGCAACCGUCCCCAGCAGACCCCAACUCACCGGCACCGAAAGUUGACCUCAACGUCCUUCGAGAUCCAAGUCUUCCGGUUGAUAGAUAUGUGGCCACUCUUCUCGCCAAUGCAUCCGAGGAAGAUAUCCGAAAGUACCAAGAAAGCUUGCGCAAAGUGAAAAAUCGAACCUCUACUGAUCUACAGCAAAAUGUCUACCAAAACCGCACCCAGUUUAUCAAAAUCAGUAAAGAGGCGGAGAAACUCAAAGACGAAAUGCGGACCCUACGUACCCUCAUGGCAGAACUGACAACGGCGCUUGGACAAACCAGCGUGGGAAAUACACCCAAUCCUAUGUCACCGAUGGAGGAAUCUUUCCCAAAACGCAAUGCAAACCGCAGCUCAGUUGCCAACUUAGAGAGCAUGUGGAGCAUACAGCUACAGACGUUGUGGAAAACAGUAGAAGGCUCACAAAAAUGGCUCCCAGCUGCACCUGGACGACACAUUGUGUUGGAGACUGGUAAUUGGGUUGAGCUGGACUCAGCCACCUGGAAACCGAGACGGCCCGUUCACAUUGUGUUGCUGAACGAUUACCUCCUCGUGGCUGCCAAGAAGCGUAAACGGGUCGAUCAAAGCCAUCCCAAUCACCGAGGACCUGUUCCGACGAGGCUAGUGGCAGAAUAUUGUUGGCUCCUUAAUGACAUUGAUAUGAUCGAUCUUGAAGCCAAUUUGGGAACGGGGGCAGCGCGCGAAGAGGCUUUGGAUCGGGGCAUUGGCAGAUCGAUCAGCAUUCGCGUGGGAUCUAAGCCUUUUACAUACCGUCAUGAGAAUGUUUCAACAAAACAGGAACUUCUGGCCACUUUCCGCAAAACCGUUGAGGAUUUGCGCCGAACGAUGCGCUCGGAGACAGAGGCGGCUAGUAAGCCCUUAGAAGCAUAUGGAUACUUGGCCGGUCGGCACAUUUCCCUUUCGAAGAAGCCCGAUUCAUUUGACCUGUCUGAUACUCCAAGGGACAAAUCCGAUGUACGCAUCGAUGUGGACGGUAAACAACAGAACCUUCGUUGGGUUGAGGGACAGAUUGACGAGCUUGAUAUUGAUAUCGCCUUGCAGCGAUUUGAGGGUUCUGUGGCCAGCAUUGAGCGACUACGCAAAUUAGCAAAGGGUCUCAAGGGCAAUACUAUCGCACAAGACGUCAUCAAUUUCAAGGUUGAUGGCCGAGCGACUCGGCUGGCUGGCAUUCUCUCGCGAGCAUUAGUCGAUAAACACUCAUUCCCGACGGCUACCAAGACUCACGUCACUUGGUUGACGCGUUUAGGAUUCGAGGACCAGGCGCGUGAGACUUACCUGAAGGCCCGUUCCGACGUUAUUGGCCAACGCAUCCGCGCCUGUAUAUUUGAAGGCGACCUACCACUCUACAUCUUCCAGAUCUCCUACGUCUAUUUCACCCUGAUCAAAAACACCAUCGGUAUCUAUCAACAAUGCUUCCCCAGUGUCAUGAGCAGUGCCUGCAUUCGCUGGGCCAAGCAUCACCUUGACGGAUUCAAUGCCCUGCUCAUCCGACAACUCAGCAGCGUACAGCGUGGUACAUCGGUUUGGCAGAAGUGCCUUGACAUCGUGCACGAACAUGCCGCUCUAUUGAUGGAAGUUGGCGUAGAUUUCACAGACCUGGUAGCUCGUGGGCUGGAAGGGAAUGGCGAGGGUUCUUUUGAGGGGCCACGCACCGUCCAACCGGGCGAGCUAGCACCAGCGCCAUCCCCAAUAGGCAUGUUGUAG